UUUGAAUACUAACUUACGUAUAUGUGGUAUGGUAAAUGUUUUACAUUUACAACGGUUUUUGUCAUUAGGUUAUUACUUUAUAAAUUAGUUAACGUAAGGUGGCGCAGAAUUAGCAGCUUUAUCAAGGUCAGUUUUGUUGACUUUUAUCGAAAUAACCUACAAAAAAAUUUGAAGGCGAUGAUUUGAAAAAUGAACAAAAACGAUAAUAUUUUAAAAGAGUGUUCAAUUUGCCUCAAAUCUGAUAGUUGUUUGUUACGUGCAGUGGAUGUAGAUUCAAAUAAUUUGAGUUAUUCUAUAAAACUAAGUUUCUGUGUGCCUGAAGUGGAGUGGAACGAUGAUUCUAUAUGCAAUAAUUGUGCGUUAUUAUUAGAUCAAGCCUAUGAGUUCAAAGAACUAUGUUUAAAAUCAAAAGAAGUAAUUUCAUAUCAGGUAACAACAGAGCAAUCACUUGAAAACGAAAAAAUCGGAGUUCGUAAUGAAGGCGAAGCCCUACAGCACAGUGAGGAUGAUUAUUCAGUAAAUUCUGAUCAAGAUAGGGACCAAGAAGUGGAUCACAAAUAUCCAUAUAGACAUUCAAGUAAGGUAAAAAAACUUAAUGUGCAGCAGGUACCUUCUCUUUCUGAAUUUGUGUGUAAAAUUUGCAAUGAAACCUUUAAAGACCGAAAAUUAUUGGCAGUGCAUAAUAAAAGUAAACACGGAAUGGACAAACCUUAUAACUGUUUGUUCUGUGAUCGGCAGUUUAAAAGAAGUGCAGACAUUUACAGGCACGAAUUGAUCCAUCUGAAUCAGAGAAGUUUUACUUGUGAAAUUUGUAAUCAGUCCUACAAUACUCCUUCAAUUCUCAGCAGUCAUAUGAUAAUAAAGCAUGCUGACUCAUCAAAAUGGAAAUAUGUUUGUUCUCAUUGCAACAAAAAAUUUCCUUUCAAAUCUAACAGGGACACCCACAUACGAAGGCACCACACAAACGCGACUAGUUCAUACACUUGCUAUCACUGUGGAGAAUCCUACACCAGUAGAAUCCUACUCAUAAAUCAUAUUCGUUCUAAACACACUUUAAAAUCCCAGCAUACAAGAAAGUGUCAAAUAUGUGCAAGCAUCUUUAUUAAUCAGCUCAAGCUCGAAAAUCAUAUGAGAAAAGAACAUGGUUUAGAAACGGGGAUGUUAAAAAAACGAAUGAAAAGAUAUUCUUGCGAAAAAUGCGGUCGCAAAUACACAACUGAAAGAGUUUUAAGAAUGCACGUUCCAACGUGCGACGGUAUCAAAAGACACAGCAACACCAUGAGACAAUUUAGACUUAAGAAAGAUGAUGACUCGCAACCGGACUCUGACAUCAAGACUGAGAACACAGGAAUGAGCCUAGAUAAUAACAAAAGCUUAAGUUCUCAACAGGAUUUAAAAAGGAAACACAAAAGGACAGACUUGACAUGCGAAAUUUGUAACGUAUUCGUAGGUCCCUACAAAAAAUUAGCAGCGCAUACCCUCAAAGAUCACGGGGUGGAUGCAAAAACUUUAAAGCCAUACCAUUGUGAUGAAUGCGACGCAAAAUUCAGCUCCUCUACCCAUCUAGCAAGACACAAACUGUACCAUGCCGGGAACAGGACACACAUGUGCAGUUAUUGUGGAAAAGGAUUCAUUACGAAAAAGGACAUGAUAACACAUGAGAAAUUACAUAGCAAUACCCGCGAUAUACAGUGCGAAUUGUGUUCUAAAAGUUUCAACACCAAAACGCACCUUCGAACACACAAACUGGUGGUCCACACGGAUCCAAGUCAGUGGAACCACAUCUGUCCUUAUUGCGGCAAACGAUUCCCGAUGAAAUCGAAUUACGACCAACACGUGAGAAGACACACGGGGGAAAAACCCUUCGGCUGUCAUUUAUGUGAUAAAAGGUUCUCUGACAAGUUUGUUUUGCAACAGCACUUCAACACCCAUUCCAACAUUAGAGCUUUCAAGUGCACCCAUUGCGAGAAGGAGUACAAGAAUAACAGAGUUUUAGAGAUACAUUUGAAAAAGGUACAUGGGAUCGGGAACGCCAAGAUCCCUGUCAGAGUUAAAAAGUUCUUUUGUGAACAUUGUCCGAAAGCUUUCGCCGCUAAAGACAAGUUACAAAGACACAUGUACUCGCACACGGGCGAAAGACCGUUCUCUUGUAACAUUUGCGAUAAAAAGUUCACAGACAAAUGGUACGUGAAACAACAUUUGACGGUACAUAAUUUAAUUAAGUCAGAACCCAACGAAUGCCUCUUCUAGUUAAACAAAUUAGUAAUUAAUAUCUCUUUUAUUUAGAAGAAUUAGUUCGUUUUUUUUAUAAAUUUUAUUAUAUAAUAUUAAUAAUAACGAUUUAAAUGACGGUUGUGCAAUAAAAUUACGAUUGAUUAUUAUUACUGUUAGAGCAAUUAACUCACAAUUAGACUGAUUGGACUUUUGAAUCUCUAAUUGUCUUUUAUUCAUCCACGUUUAAGGAAAAGACUAUCUAUGUAUUGCGAAAUUAUGAAAUAGGUUUUUUACAAUAAAGCAAUGUAAUCUUUUCUCUA